GAUGGGAAUGUUGCAUGAAUAAAAAAGCUGUAAUUAAUCAUUAUAAAAUAUUGCGCCUCGCCUUUUUUCCACUUUUCAUCCUUGUCAUCGUGCCUUUCCCACGCCCUUCCCUUUCCGACUCUAUUCGAUCAACAGAUCGAACAUCCUCGACGACCCAUUGUCAAAUAUUUGAACUCGUUCGAAUGACGUCACAGUGAAAUUCGUCAGCUAUCAAAUCAUCGACUCGUCGCAAUCGAGUGUUGUGACUCGCAGUGAUUGCGCCGUUUUCCGACGCGAGCGUCCCCACCACUUUGCCACUGUUGUUUGGAACGCAUUGACGUGUGCGAUGCGAGUGCCGCAGCCAAUCACCAAACUUUCUGGCUGUGACGGAGUAGUAUUUUACGAGAGCUCCCUUUUGGAUCAGUAUUUUGUGAUUUAUUGAUAUUUCGAAAACACAAUUGAUUCCAAAGCGUUGUUAAUAAUUUCUGAGGCGAGAUGAACGCACCUCCGACCUUCGAGUCGUUUUUGUUAUACGAAGGAGAGAAAAAAAUAAUAAAGGAACAGGACACCAAAGUGCCAAAUGCUGCGAUCUUUACGAUCAACAAGGAAGAUCACACGCUGGGGAACAUGAUCCGCAACCAAUUGCUGAAGGAUCCUCAAGUAUUAUUUGCUGGCUACAAAGUUCCUCAUCCUCUGGAACACAAGUUUGUCAUCAGAAUACAAACGACCUCUGAUUAUACUCCACAUGAAGCAUUUAUGCAUGCUAUCACUGAUUUAAUUGCAGAACUCUCAUUGUUUGAAGAACGUUUUAAGGAGGCAAUCAAAGAGAAGAAGGAAGGUUUGGAUUAAACAAUUGAAUCCAAUAUUUUUGUACAUAUAUCUCAUAAUUCAUUUUCUUACAUUUAUGAUUUAAUCUAUCAAAGAGUAUGUAUGUUGAUUAUCAAACAGGACAAAAACACAGUCAUGUAAAUAAUUACAAUUGAUUAAUGAUCAUGAUGUUAAUUGACUAUGUGUGUGAAUAAUUAAUUUAACCAUUUAAGUCUGUAUACCAUGUAUUUUAAGCAGAUUCCAUUCUUGUAAAUAUUUAAAAUAUUAGUAUUUAUAUAACUGUGAAAGAAUUUUAUAUAUAUAUA